AUGCGGGCACGGCAGCCAAAGCUGGUUCGCCCGCCGUGUGUCUGCCGCCCAACUCCGUGCUCAGGGCCGCCGAGGUGCUUCCGCCGCUCUGAGGGGUUCAGAUUGAGGGAUGGCUGCGCCUGUGGCGCAACGGGGGCCCGUCCGUUGGCCGGGCGCGAGGAUGCAGCCGGCAUGAGGGAUGAAAAGGUGGAGGAAGAGCUCAUCGCCAGCCGCGUCCAAGAGGCUGCGAGGGUGCUGGAUGACAUCAUCAAGGACGUGUGGAGGGAGAUGUACCUGACCAGCGCAGUCAGGUAUGCCAACGAUGAGGAGGCCCUGCCACAGGAGGAUGAAAUAAUCGCUGAGGUCGUGCGGUCCAGAUUAGGGACCAUGGAGCCCAGCUUCUUGGGCGCGAUGGAUGCCUACGCAAGGAAUGCGAAGUCUGUGGGCGGAGAUGACUUGGAGGGCUUGAUCGACAAGAUUCGACAGGAAGUGCUGCGCCAACUGACUCAACGGUUUCCAAAGGAGGUCAUCGCAUUGGAGAGGGUCCUUGAUGUGGAAAGCAAGGAGGAGCGAGUGGACCUGAUUAGAGAGGCAGCGCAAGAGGGGGGUGACAGCGUUGUGAACCCCCAGCAAAUGAGAGCAGUUGCGGACCAGUUUAUCAACGAUCUUGAGAGCCAAAAGGACAUCGUGGACCGGAAGCUACUGGCCAAACUAUGCCUUGUCAGGGAAGAGAGCCGACUCCUAGAGAUGGAAAUGCGAUUCACGAAUCCAGGCGCCCUUGAGGAUGAUGUGGAAGCACUGAGAACGAAUGUGUAUGCGCGGGCGACAGCCUUCCUGCAGCAAGUGAUGCGGGUAGCAGAUUCGGACAGGAGGUUGUCCCUGUUAGAAAAGGCCUUCUACGAAGACUGGGAGGGAGCUGCGCCUGGGAAGGCUGGGCAGGUCCAAGUGAUGGGGGGAGAGGCGCCAGACUUCGUGCGGCCUGGCAACUUCAUGACGACACUGACCCUGACGCAGAGGGAACUGGACGCCAAGGACGAAGUCCCAGAUGCUGUCAAGCAGCGCGUGGAGGACAUCAGGCGAGAGGCGCUAAUGGUGCUGAGAGAAAUGGCGUGGGGGAGGAAGAUGAGUUGA